CAAUGUUAAUAAAUAAAUAGAUGUGGGAGUGUCCUGCUGUAAACAAAAAUAUUAUUUAAAUUAAUAGUUGAAGUUGAAUAGCAGAAAAGACAAUGAAGAUGCAAUGAAUUAUGAAUCUCUGAAAUAUUGAAUUAGUAAGAAAUACAAAAUGCCAGCCAUGAAGGACUCGUGUAUAGUUAAAAUUGCGGUCGAAAUGACCGAUCAGGUACCGCAAUUAACCGAAUUUAAUCAAAAGCAGCCACUGGCAGCAAUAAUUCAGGAACUGUGCAACGGUUGGAAUUUAACAGAUCCCGAUCAAUACGCUCUACAAUUCAAUGAUAGCAAUAACAAUAACUACAUCACUGAAAAAAAUCGAAACGAGAUUAAAAAUGGAUCUGUGUUAAGAUUGAAUUUUUCACCAUCUAAAACAGCUCAAGAUAUCCUGCAGAAACUGAACACAGGCGUUAUUGAAGAGAAAGCAAAUGCUAUGGCUAAACUUUCUGUUCUGAGUGCUGAUAUGACAUUUGCUUUAGAGUUUAUUAAUAAACAGGGCUUGACACUGAUUAUUAAACAAAUCGAGAAGGGCAAUUGCAAAGGCACUCUUUUAGCUCAUACACUUCUGUCAUUUGUGGAAUUAAUGGAGCCUGGUAUUGUUUCUUGGGAUAUACUUAAUGGUGAAUUUAUUUCAAGGGUAGCUAACUUAGUAAACACUUCUCAGGAUGCUCAAGUAACACAGGCAGCUUUAUCAAUCCUUGAAAAUGUUAUAUUAAAUAGUACUGAAGGAUACAGCCAGGUGGAACGUGAGAUUCCCAUAGCUUCCUUAUUGACGCAUUUACAAGCUACACCUGUUGUACAACAAAAUGCAGUGGCAUUAAUUAAUGCUCUUUUAUAUAGAGCUGACUCAGCAAAGAGGAGAACUUUAGCUCAGACUCUUACAUCUAAGCAAUUUCGUACUGUUAUUCAAAACCAUAUUUUACAAACUGGAGCUUCCAGUGGAGCUGAAAUGGCACAUCAGUUGUAUGUUUUACAAACGUUAAUGUUGGGUCUUUUAGAACAAAGAAUGUUGACAAAAAUGGAUCAACAGGAUCAAGAUGGCCAUGACAAAAUCAAAGAACUGAGACGGAUUGCUUUUGAUAGUGAAGGCGCGGGAAAUUUGAGAGGCAAUCAGGCUUUUACCAGAGAUUACAAAAAACUGGGUUUUAAAAAUGAUAUAAAUCCAGCAUUAGAUUUUACUGAGACACCUCCAGGUCUUUUGGCUUUAGACUGCAUGAUUUAUUUUGCUCGAAAUCAUUCAGAAAACUACACUAAGCUAGUUCUAGAGAAUAGCUGUAGGGCAGAUGAACAUGAGUGUCCUUUCGGUAGGGCUAGUGUGGAGUUGGUAAGAAUACUUUGUGAGCUGUUAAAAAUCGGAGAAGCACCUUCAGAGCAAUGUGAUACUUAUCAGCCGUUGUUCUUUACUCAUGAUCAUCCUUUUGAAGAAUGCUAUUGUAUCUGUAUAGUUUUGUUGAAUAAAACUUGGAAGGAAAUGAGGGCUACAGCAGAAGAUUUUGGAAAAGUGGCAAGUGUUGUUAGGGAGCAAAUUAGUAGAGCUUUGGAUGUAUCUCCUCCUUCCUUAGACCAAUUGAAAGCUAAGCUUCAGUCUUUAACUUAUUCUGAGAUAACUCAGUUGUGGCAGCUUGAGAGAAAUAGUAGAGAGGAAUGGGAGAGUCAUGCUAAACCAGUUGUCGAACUUCGCGAGCUCAUUACUCCUGAAAUAAUGGGUCUAAUUAAACAGCAGCGUUUAGCGUUUUUAAUAGAAGCAGGUACGCGUUUUACCAAGUACUCUCCUCGCGGCCAAAGGAUUAAAGAUAAGUUUUGGUUUAUGCGGUUGUCGCCCAAUCACAAAGUCUUGCACUAUGGCGAUUGCGACGAGAAAUCGGCACCAUCGGCUGAAGAGCUGCCAUCUAAGUUGGCCGUUAGCGAUAUUAGGGCUUUGCUGGUUGGCAGGGACUGUCCCCAUAUGCGCGGACGGAAGGCAUCGCAUACGCAGCUAGCUUUUUCCUUGGCGCUUGAAGGAGUAGACUUACAAAGUUUGGACUGCGUAGCGCCAGACGAAUUAACUUUGGCUUAUUGGACUGACGGUAUUAACGCUUUACUUGGUCAAAGAAUGACCAGCAAAGAGACUGAGAAAGAUCUGGAUACGUUGCUGAGUAUGGAAAUCAAACUGCGCCUGUUGGAUGCCGAGGGAGUGGCCAUUCCUCAAGAUCCUCCACCAAUUCCACCUGAUCCGCCACACUUUCUUUUUUGUUACGAUUUAAAGUAGUAAGAGAUCGUUGGUUUGACAUUUAUAUAAAAAUACGGGGUGUUUCGUUUAAAAUAGUGUUAAAAUUAAUUUUAAAUCUCAGAAAGAGCUUUAUCGAAACACUCUGUAUAAUUGAGCCUAAAUUUAAAACGUAUUUCUCAGUUUCAUAUUGUAAGUAUAUUAAAACAGGGCUAAAAUAACUUUAAAAUUUCAAGCAGGACUCUCAAUAUGAAGCUUCAUCUGAACUCUGUAUAUAUGCAAAGUUCUAAUAACAGGUAAAAUUAUGUUAUAUUAUUAAAGUCAACAUUAACAAGGCUGUAUAUAGUGGGAUUUUUUAUUGUUAUAGACAGGUGAUGUUAAAUAUUGUAGUUUUUGUUUCCCCAAAAAUCAAAAAUUAAGUAUAGGUACUGUCAUAUAUACGCGACUUGGUGUACCUACCUGUCAAAUUUGACAUUUAUUAACAUUAACAUGGACUGAUGGAAGAUUUAACAUUGACAUGGACUGAUCACAAUCGAAAUACUGACAAAAAAAAAGAAAUUAUUGUAGACUGCUAAAUUUUAUUGGUGGAAAAAACUAAACAACUUUAUCAAACAACUUAUUUCAAAAAUUUUAGUGGCGUUUCUCAAAAA